AGGUUGCGCGGCCUUCCGGUGACUAUGCUGAUGGUGUAUCUGGACAGCGGAAGCAAAUAAUUUGAGCGUAUCGUUACGACAUGGGAUCUAUCCACACGCCAAAUAGCAAUACUUCCCUAGCGACUUCACCGGCACCGAUCAACAAAAUCUCACGAGGAAAGAUGGCGAACAACAUGCACCAGUUUGCAUGUUCCCCGAACCGGAAUGACCCACGGCGUAUCUUCGAAUUUGACGGAUCUUUGUUCCUUCUAGACGGAAAUGCGUCGACUCCUGUGUCGCAACCGUUAAGACCCGCUCUUCCCAGCAUGGCAUCUCACGCGCGAUCCCCGUCGGCGCCUUACAGUACAGGUUCGCCAGGCGCAGCCGCUACUCCGGAUUCGCACAACAGCUACGACUCGAGCUAUCUUGACCCGCGAGGGUCUUCCUCACCUUCGGCCCAUGAGAUAGGGAUCAGUGGCAAUACGACACCUGGGUUUGAGACCUUGGAGGACCUGCCGGAUCUUGGGAUUAACAUACCUGAGCUCGAAGAUGAGCGGUUUGGUCUGCCGCCGAACUCGGCUGGUUCGAACGGAUAUCCACCGAGUCCUCGCCUGACGGCCUCACCUCACCCAGGUGCGGCACAGCUCUCCCCGGAGGUGACCAUCUCCAGGUUCUCGGAUUGUGGUAGCCCAAUCAUCAAAAUCGAGCAUUCGACACCAGACUACCAUCCUAGCCCUUACGUUCAGCAACACAGUAAUUCGUCCACUACCUCAGACCUAGCCGAAGGCAACGGGACGAUCCGGCGCGGCGAAGAUGGGAGCUGGCACGGCGGUCUGGAUCCAUCUACCAGAGGCAGCGAAUACCUCCCGUUUUCGCUAAAAGAACAAGAGUUUGAAGCGAUGAAGCAAGCCAAGAAUGCUGAUGUAGAGGAGUGGUUGCGGAGAUCCGCCGAACAAUUACCGCGCCAGCCCAUCAGCGGUGGACUUGUGGCGCCAAAGGAAGGUCGGAGGCGCUCGCGAAGUGUGUCAGACUUCCGCUUAAGCCAAGCGUUCGAGGAUGGCAAACCCAUGGGCCAAAUACAGAAUGGCACCGAGACGGCUAACGCGGUUGUCAUUGAUGAUGAAGACGACGACGAUUCCUCGGUCGCGUCGGUUGAUUCCACGUGGCAGGAUGGAUCCCUCGACGAUGAACCGCCGCCAAAUGUCAAAAAGGAGCUAUCCCGCAAACCAGAAGAUGUCGAUAUGGACGAGGCUGACGAAAUCGAUGAUGAGGAACGACUACAGAGGGAACGGGAAACUGACCCCUCAUUGCUGCCCAAACCCAAACAGUUCUUCUCAUCGCAUCCCUGGAAUGACAUCGCGGCACCGGUCACUCGAGGCGCUACCAUGGCCCAUCGAAACCAACCUGGAACUGCGAAUAUGGCCAUCAUGAAAUUUCAGAGAUACGCCGAAAACAUCGAGACCGCCUCCAGGGUGGCAACGGCGGGAAGCAACAUGACCAAAGGUCGGCGAAACAGUGCCGGAGAUGCGGACAAGGUGCUUCCCGGUCCAUUGAAGAGAUUGAGUUUCGGCAGAGACAAGAGCAAGAAUCCAGGCACUCCUACGAGGCGGCCAAGCAUCUGGGGUGGCUUGAGGUCCGGCUUGAAGAGGGGUCUUAGCAAUGCUGGAGAUAAGGAUAAGGAUAAAGAGAAAGACGGGGAAAACUCCUCCUCGUCCCCCACUUCCCCCACGGAUAAAAACAAUGCCAAGUUGCAGUCACCUCCUGAUGGGCGGAAACGGGGCCGCUCGUUCUCUUCUCUCAGUGGGCCUUCUAAAGCAUUUUCGCAAGGAAUUCUCGGUCCCACAUUCGGUCAGCCUAGUGGUUUACAAGUCCAGACUUCCAACAUUGGCAGUGCAUUCGCACAGAUGGCUUCGCCACUCAUGGCCGCGGGAGCUGGUGCGAAUAAGCCAAGUACUGCCAGUCCACCACCGCUUAGCGGUGUAAUCGCCCGCGUGAGGAGGAGGCGGAGCAGGAGUGAGCUGCAACGGAAACACAUCUUUGGCGUGGUCACUAGUCUAAUAGGCCCGGCACUACCAUCUGCUUCCACUUCAGCUUCGACACCACCGGACCAGGAAAUCACACCGGGGCGGAUCUCGAAGAAAUUUACAUUCGGCGAGGACUCACAGCAGCGGGGUGUAGAGCAAGUAAAGAAGUUCCUGUCGCCUGUCGACGCACAGAAUAAUCGGAACGGCGACGACGAGGAUGGCACGGAUGAUGGCGAUAUCUCGCCGCAGACCGCCCGGACACCUGGUGGUACAAAGGCUGCUCUGCCGAAACACGAAAUCAUCCCGACGUUGGAUGGAUUUGCCCAGAAUGUUAGGACGCUGGCGCCUGGGCUGAGUCAGAAGCUCGUCGAUCGUAUUGCUCAUGAGCAGUGCAAGAGGUUCAAGAAGUUGGUAGAUCAUCGCCAUAAGCAUCUUGUGGCGUUGAAGGCAAAUGGUCAUUGUAGCAACAAUGCGAAGUGUCGAAAGGUUUUUGGUGCCGUCGGCGUGGGUAGUGAUGGUGUUGUUGGUGUCAUUGGGCAUAAACGUGGGAAUAGCAACAGCUUUGAUGCCGAUGACCAUGGCUUUGAUUCCUCCGAUGAGAAUGACGGCGCAUCACCCGGUGAUGGCAACGUUGCAGCUGCGCAAUUCCCACCGGGAGUGCCGACGCCUCCUGUCUCUCGUCUGCCUGCAGAGUUUGAGUGUCCUAUCUGCUUCAAGACUAAAAAGUUCAACAAGCCCUCGGACUGGACCAAGCAUGUGCAUGAAGAUGUCCAACCCUUCACUUGCACAUUCCCGGAAUGUACCGAGCCCAAGUCGUUCAAACGGAAAGCCGACUGGGUACGACACGAGAACGAGCGGCACAGACACCUGGAAUGGUGGACUUGCAACCAACCAGACUGCAAUCACACGUGCUAUCGCAAAGACAACUUUGUCCAGCACCUGGUGCGAGAACACAAGAUGCCGGAACCCAAAGUCAAGACGCAAAAGAAGAACAGCAAGGAUGCAUCUAGGUCCGAGCUUGACAGAGUGUGGCAGAUUGUCGAUGCGUGUCACCAGGAAACAUCCGAUCUCCCCACGUCGGAGAAGUGCCGCUUCUGUGGAAGUACCUGCUCAACUUGGAAGAAGCUUACGGUACACUUGGCACGUCAUAUGGAGGCCAUCAGUCUUCCCGUCCUCGACUUGAUCAAGGAUGAUGCCGUGGUUCCGGUGACUAGAGGACCCAGACGACACAUUCCCGCCCAUAAUCCGGUGCCACGACAAGCAGCUCCGUCGCCGCAACGACAACAGCAACAACCGAUACCGCCACCGGUAUCAAGCAUGGAAAUCGACACAUACUCGAUCCCCGCUCCAGCCCCGCUGCAAGUGCCAACCUACAACCUUACACCGCCGCAACCGUCGCCGCACCAGCGCUCGAGGUCGGUACCGGCAUUCGAUUACAUGCAGCCGGAAUCAAUGCAACCCACAUAUAGCGGCUUCCAGUACGACCAGCAGCAGCAACAGCAGCAGCAGCAGCAACAGCAGCAGCAGCAGUCACAACAGCCAUACCAUCAUAAGUCGCCACAGCCACAACAAGUGUACUCACAACAGACCGGCUUCGACGGCGGAGGCGGCGGAUACCAAUACUAUCCUACACAGCAGGGCUACAAUGGGUUCGUACACACAACCACCCCGUUGUCACAGAGUGUUAGUCCGAUGAUUGGGGCCAUGACGUAUUAUCCCGAGACAGAGAUCGCGGACCAGUAUAUUUAUCCGCGGUAGUUAUGAGGAGUUAGGAUUGGGAGUGAGAGUAAGUGUUGGGAGUUUUUUUCGGGCAGGAUCUUC